GACUGAUUGCAUCCGCGGCAUCCGGCAGUUGGGCCAGAAGUUUCUGGCGCGUCGCCCCAGCGCUUGCUGCUCUGUGUGACACAAAACAUUGCACCAGGACUUCACGAGCCAUAGCGUUGGAGAGUUUCGCUCCUGCAAGUGCGCAGGACUCCCCCAUUUUUGCGUUUUUCGCAUUUGAGGGCGAUAGUGGACUCUGAUACCGCACAGUGUUCACCAACGUCAUAUCUAUCUAAUUACAGAGCGGAGGUGCUCGGUGCGGGGCGUCAGCGUCAGUCGUCACAGUCCGCAACUCCCUUCAAAGAUCGUCCUCUGAGUGCAACGCCGAGUGUCUUGGUCAGUAGCUAUUGAGAAAUGCUUAGGCUCCUUACGCGGCUAGGCGUGGGCGCAAGCGACGGCGAUGGCGAACAGGUUGUGUCAACGGGCUCGCUGUCCACAAACCGGCUCGGCAGCCAGCCGGCUGACGUCGUUGAGGUGCUUUGUCGGUAUUUGGACAUGCGGGACAUUGUGGCGCUCGCUCGGACCUCGAAGCACCUCCACAGGGUGGCGUCAUCGCGCCGCGUGUGGGCGGACCUGCUGCAGCGCGCCUUCAGUCCCGAGGAACUGCCGCAGGACAUGGCGGCUGUCCUGUGCGGCACCGCGCCCCAGCUGCGCUCGGCGUACAGGCUGCUCAGCCUUCAGCGGCCGGCUUUCCUCUCGGACGCGCCGCGCACCUCAGAGAUCGUUGAGCACACCGGCUCGCGCUUCCGAAAGGUGCUGCACAUUGACGGCCGGCGGGACCUGAACUUCGCCAACGUGUUCCACAGCGUGCCUCCCGGGCAAUACGCCGUGGUGUGGCGCCUGCAGCUACAGCCGGGCUUCGUGCGCGGCUACUGCAACUUCAGGGCCGUGUUCAGCAGGCCCCGCAGCAGCAGCAGCAGCAGCAGGAGCUGCCGAGGCGACGGCGGCGGUGGAAAGGGCAGCAGCAGGGGCGCCGGUGGCGCGGCGGCGCGGGGCAGCGUCAAGAUGGGAUCCAGGCGGCUGCAGCUGCAGCAGCUGAUGGUUUGUGACGGGCAGCAGGCGCAGGCGCUGGAGCGGCAGCGGGAGCAGGCGGCUGCGGCGGCGGCAGCGGAAGAGGAGGAGCGGUUCGGGAGGAAGCAGCAGCGUGGGGGAGGCGAGGCUCGGUGGCGGCUGCAGCGGCAGCUGAAACGCUGGCUACCCGCGUCCUGCUUGCCUGGAGGGCCAGCUGGCAUGGUGGCGGCGGAGGAGGCGGCGCACGUGGACGACAUUGUGCUGGAGGGACAGGAGGAGGCGCAUCAGGAGCAGCGGGUGCAGGGGCUGCGGCCGGCCGCGACCGGGGCCGACCGCUCCUUUCGUGGCGGCUGUGCAGCCCGGCCAACACGUGCGCCUCUGGCUGCGACUGGCCCGGAACUGGAGGAGCGGGCGGCUGCAGUGGCGGCCGCAGCGGCGGGGGCGGCAACAGUGGCGCCGCCCCAUCCGGGCACGUCUGAAGGGCAGGCGCUGGAGGUGCUGGGGCCGCUGGCAGUUGCUCCAGCGCUGCAGGUGCCGGCGGUGCUGCCGCCGUAUGCCGCGCAGCACCCCGAGAUUGAGAUUGAGCCGGCGGCAGACCCCGCCGCCCCGCCGGCACCGCAGACGCCAGUGCACUUGCAGCAGCUGCCGCAGCCAGCCGCGCCGCCGCCGCGACCGCCGCCGCAGCAGCAGCCACAGGGGCCGGCGGCGCCGCAGCUGGCCCAGGCGAUGGGGCAGCUCAACACCGCGAACGUGAAGCGUGACGCGGCGUACGCGGCGGGCGCCGCAGGCGGCCCGCGCUAUGUGCACCGGCUGCUGACGCCGCUGUGGGGCGGCCACCGCAGCAGCUGGCGGCAGCUGGACCCGGCGGGGCCGCUGGGGCACGGCGUCUGGCGGCGGCUGCACAUGGGCGGGCUGACGGUGCGGCGGGCGGCGGAUGUGCACCUGCACGGCGUGCUGGUGCAGAUGCGGCCGGAGGGGCCGGAGGCGCUGGCGGCGGCGCUGCCGCCGGGGGAGGGCCGCUGGCGGGGGGCGCUGGUGGACUACGUGGAGCUGGUGCCGCUGCGCCCCCAGGGCCUCGCGGAGCAGCUGCUGCCAGACUGGCUGCGGCCCAGCCGGCGCAGCGGCGGCCUGGGGCGGGGGCUGGGGCGGGGCGGCUGCAGCGGCCGGGCGGCGCUGGUGGCGCCAGACCCGUUGAACGGCAUGAGCAGCGGCGGCAGUGGCGGUGGUGGCAGUGGGGGUGGCGGUGAUGGUGGAGUGGAUGCGGAUUCUGAGCUGGUGCAUGUGCCGGCGCUGUGAUUUUGGGAAGCUGCCGUACUGAUGGUGGUGCUGGCGGGUGGUGGUGGCGGUGGCGUGGCGGUGGUGGCGAUGAUGGCGAAUAGAGAUGGGGCCGGACGUGGGCAUCGAGUACAUGGGAUGCCAGCAUUCCGGUGGAAAUUUUGCUGUUAGUGCUUUGCGUAUCCGGAACCGCGGGAGUGCAUGCUGUGUCCGUGUGACCCAGUGAUGAGAUUACUACGGUAUACGAGAAUUUCAACUUGACGACGGCAUGGCUGGCGACUACUCAGCACAGCACCCUGCAUGCACCCACCCCACGCGCAAUUCAAUGCCUUACCUGCGCCCUUGGUUCCAUUGCAAUGCUUAUAUGGUCGCUCAUUCUCAUCUGUUCUUGCGGGUAGCCUCAUCGUUGCACGUAUUCUUUGUAGUUUUGUAGCGCUAGGCUGAUUCGGUCCGGUGCUCACACGUGGCCUUUGACGUUAGCUGGCGUUGGCGGCGUCCAGCUUUCGAAGCGCACAACGCACAUGUCGUGGAUAGUAUUUAAUGUGCGUGGGCUUGAGUUGCUGCUAGCUUGCGGUUGCGCACAUGGUCUUGGCCGCCGCUGACGUGCCCGUGUUGUUUCGUUGAAGGGUGGUAGCGGCGUUUGGGUGGGGUGUUGCAGGAGAUACCAUGCUACUUGGUGCGUCUUGGUGUGCGUUGGAAAUGCCUCGUCUGUCAGCGAACUGGUCAGUCGCCCCUGCAAAUGCAUUGCGCGAAUUGCGGGGGAUUGCAGUUCGUUGUUGUACUUCGCAAUCGCAACUCCGGGAUGCUGCGCACGUUUUGGUUCUAGUCCCAAUCGAAGGGCGAACGCUCGACGAGUAAUGCGCCUCGAGGCUUUAUAGGAGAGUAUGCUGGUAGUCUUGCAGCCGAAGAAAGCAAUAGACUCACUUGAGCCCUACGUGUCACCGGCACGGUUUCAAUUGCUGCACUAACAGGCACGGGACCUGGACGGACCAUGAGGGCCCGCGAGGCGGCCGGGCAGCCCAAGCUUGUCUUGCUCUUCGCAAACGGCUGCGCCUUUGCAGCUGUACUAGUAGACGCCGGGUGCGCGACAUGGCAUCGCCUCGUGCCCGGAGAGACGUGCCGUAAGGUCGCACGAGCCGCGAACAUCUCUGGAGCGACACUGCGGGCCAUGAACCCCAAUCUGAAUUGCUCGCGGCUGGCAGUUGGCCAGGAGCUGUGCACAUCUUUAGAGCAAGGUGAGGCCGGUGGUCAACCCAGCACGCAUGCUGUGCCCGUCCCAGGGUUGGUCUAGCGCCGACGUGUCAGUCAGGCUGUGGCAGGAGGCAGACGAGGCAUGACGCACAGGCGCAGGAUCGAUGUCGCAAGUUCCUUUACCUGUUC